UGUUAAAAUUAGGAAAUAACCAAGUUAAUAUUGUGAGUUUGAUGAUGAGAAUCUUGUAAUUAUAAGAUAGGUGAUUUAUAUUUAUCAGAUAAGUAAUGCAUAAUUAUAGGAUAGCUAAGUCAUCACUAUGAAUACAAAUUGGCUUGUUUGAUCACAGUGGCAGAAACGCGCGUCCCUCGGUUUGGUGGGGGAACCAUCUUGUUUGAGUUGUACCUCUUUGUUCGAGCUUGUGACGUGUGACGUUUAAGGAAGUGGAGAAAGAAGACAAAAACCGACUGAGCUGUUGGGCUGUACAGCGAGUCAAUGCAUGUUAUGUUAGUACCGUUUUUUUCCUCUCAUGAUCACAGUCAGAUUUUAGGAUUAUUUCACUGAGAUUUGUCUCGAUGGUUUAAAUGCUGCAGCUCAGACGGAUAUCUCGCUAGCAUCAACAAGACAUCAAAUCAUCAGCUAUUUGUCUCAUCCGGCGAACAGACCGCGGCCGGAUUUUUGUCCAUGUUCUGUAAAACAACCUUCCGGUUUAUCGUUUCGAUGUCGUGGCAUUAAGACUCCAUUGUUUGUACAUCCUGGGUGAAGACCAAUCAAAACACGGAUGUUACUCCCCUCCCCCCGCGCACCCAAAAGCACCAUCAUCAACAAUCAGCCCCUAGGAGCUCCUCCAACCAGCUGGCUUCGCUUCAAAACAACCGCUGAACAUGGAAGAUGAGGUGUUCGAGCAUGUUGUGUCCGUGUUCGGCACGCUGGUGUCGUGGGUCGCUGCUGGUGCCAUCAUGUUCGGCGGGGUGGUGCCCUACAUCCCGCAGUACAGAGACAUCCGCCAAACUCAGAAGGCGGAAGGCUUCUCCACAUACGUGUGCUUGGUCCUGCUGGUGGCCAACAUCCUGAGGAUACUGUUCAGAUUUGGCCGCUAUUACGAGAUGCCGCUGCUGUGGCAGAGCAUCAUCAUGAUCGGCACCAUGCUCGUCAUGCUGAACCUGUGCACCAACGUCCGGAUGGCCACCGAGCUCAGCACCAAGAGACGCUCUUUCUUAGCGACAGACAGUAAGGACGAGGAGGUCAGAAUCCCUAAGAGGCUCUUUCUGGACUUGGACUGGACCUACUUCUGGUCAUGGAGUCGCUUCAUGGACUACGUUCAGUGCGUGCUGGCCUUCACGCUGGUGGCAGCCUACAUCACCUACCUCCUCCUGGACUCUGCACUGUUCGUGGAGACCCUAGGCUUUCUGGCAGUGUUCACCGAGGCAAUGCUGGGAACGCCGCAGCUGUACUGCAACUAUCAGAACAAGUCCACAGAAGGCAUGAGCAUCAAGAUGGUGCUGAUGUGGACCAGCGGCGACACCUUCAAAACGGGCUACUUCCUGCUCACAGAGGCUCCCGUGCAGUUCUGGAUUUGUGGACUGCUGCAGGUCUUUGUGGACGUUGCCAUCCUGUUCCAAGUUUACUACUACAGCCAUUACCCACAGAAACCAGUGUCCCACACCGCCUCCCACACCACCAGUGCCAAAGUUCUUUAAGAGCCACCACACAUCCUGAGGAAACUCCAAAUGACCAGCUUGGGGGAACAUAUAAACAUACAGGAGUUCCAAAGGACUUGAGAUGAAACAGGCUGCUUAAACCUGCCCUCUGUUACAUGUGAAGACAAACACACUUCAGUAUGACUUCUAGACGUCGGUGGUAGCAGCAAUGCUUGAGGGACACUUAACAAACAUAAAAUCUACUUUUUUAUGUUAUUUACAAUGGUAAAGACUUCUUCUCAGUGCGCUGAAAUGCAUGCAUCAUGUAAUGCACAACCCCUCAAGAUCAGCCUGUGCACGUGGAGGAAUGUUUUUUGCAAAAAGACGAACACAGUUUAUGUGAACUUAUAGAUGUGUUCACAUUCAGCUCAGAGAACUAUGGACCAGUUUCAGUCGUCUAUAUGUGCUGAUGAAUGUUGCAUGGAACCUCUGCCUUAAUACUUGCAAUCAAACAUGACUCGCUGCAUUACCAGCAAUCGAGAAUUUGUUAUGAAUUAAUCGUGCAAAUACCUUAAUAAUCUACGUUACUGAAUGUACAAACAGGCAUAUUGUUGAAGAGCAGUCUGCUAUUGGUUGGACAUAUAUUUAAGAUCAUUGUUUUUUUUUAUAUAAAAACCAAAAUUAAGAGGGAAUCGGGUCUCAGUGAACUGAAACGUUUCUCCAACUCUUGAUGUUAAACACUGGCUUUUAAAAUGCAUCACUUAGAAACAUUAGUGGCCUUGAGACAGAGAUAUGGCAUAUGGAAGUCAUGCUUUGUCUGACAGUAAUAUAAACGUUUUCUAUCAGCUAUUCAUGACAUUUUUUUACAUAAUCAUUAUUAUUAUUCUUAUGCCACAGAUUUGACAAUUGAAGUCAGCCUGAGCUGAUUGCAGCAAAGCUUUGUUUUUCCUGAAGGUCUGUCUCCACUCUGCUUCUAGGUCAUGAAAUCAGAAGCUGUGCUGUUUAUGAAAGCACAACUCUAACACUUGCUUUAACAAUUUGGAUUAAAGAUAAUGUGUUUAUUGUUAAUGCUAAAAAUGUCUCUUAUAAAAACAAAACACGUAGAGUGCAGUUAUACCAUGACCUCUUAAUGGAAGUAAUUUUGUGAGGGGAUCAGUUUUUCGGUAUAUUUAGAUUUUGUACGCGAUUCAUUAGUGUGGACAGACUGCAAAAACUGUUGUUUUAAAAUCAGCUUUGGUAACCAUGUCCACAUAUUAGUCCAUAUUUCCUGUAAGCCAUUUUACGGGUGAGACUAGAUAUAAUGGGCAGUGCUGUUUCUUCUGGGUUUUUCCUUCUUAAAGAUCAUCAUACACAAUACAAAGAUAAGCUGAGUAAAUGCAAAAAGCAGGCUGUUAAUAAUUUCUUUUAUUAAGGGAAGAAAACUAUCCAAAUCAACAAAGUGCUAUGUGAAAAUAUAAUUACCUCCCAACCUUGUUAAAUCAUGAAUGAAAUGUGAUUAACCACGUUCUUAUGGUUCUGUUUCACCAGCCACACCUAAGUUCGGUUAAUACCAGAACCUAUUUGACAGCAUGAAGAAGGGUUACCGGUCUCAAAAAGCAACACUUCACAUGCUGAUCUAAAGAAAUUCAAGAUCAAAUGAGAAACAAAUUCAAUGAUAUCUAUUAGGCUGCAAAAGGUUACAAUGCCAUUUGUAAGGCUCUGGAAUGCCAGCGGACCACAGUGAGACUCAUUAUCCACAACUGGUGAAAACAUUCAGUGGUGGAGAACCUUCCCAGGACAGGCCGGCCAACCAAAAUGACUCCAAGAGUGCACUGACAACCUGGAAGUCACAAAACAACCCAGAAGUUGUUUAAGGUGAUUAGGAUCCAACAGUAGAAAAUAGACCAGGCACAAAUGGCAUCCAUGGGAGAGUUUUAAGGCCAAAACCACUUACCAACAAAAGCCACAUUUGCCCAAAAAGCAAUCUGGAUGGUCCCAUAACUUCAAUAUUCUAUGGCCUGACGAGACAAAAGUGGUAAUGCUCUAAAAUGGUGCUGGUAGUGUGAUGGUCUGGGGGUUGUUUUCUGCUUCAGGACCUGAACGACUUGGCGUAAUUGAUGGAACCAUGAAUUCUGGUUUCUAGCAGAAAAUCAAGCAGAAACAUUUUCGGCCAUUGGUUUGUGACCUUAAGCACAUUUGGAUUAUACAGCAUUACAAUGAUACAAAGAACACCAAGUCCACUCUGAAAGGUUUUAGGGUGGUGUAGUCAAAGUCUUGAUUUUGGGAUGCGAUGGUGUGACCUUAGGCAGGCAAUUCAGGCUCACAAACCCCCUAAGUGGGUGUAUUACACCAACUCUGCAAAGGAGAGUGGGUCAACAUUUCUCUAGAGUAAUGUAAUUACCGCAAACUCCUAAUGGCAUUUGUCGCCAUCAGCUCAACCACUUGUUAUGUUUAGGAGGCAUUUACGUUUUUCACAAAGGGUCAGGUCGGCUUGGAUAACUUUUUUCUCUGUUGUGCUGCUUUUUGUAUCUACAUUAUUUUUAUUUGUUAUGAUUAGUUUGUGUGUUUGAUGAACUGAAAAAAGAAAUCUGUUAUUCGAUAAAUAUUUCCAUGUCACCGUAGAUACAUCACUUUUUUGACGCUGAUUUUUAAGUAUUGCUGAAUUCUCUUUUCUGAAUGUUGAUUCUUGUUAUUAAUCCAGUCAGUUUUUUUUUAUAACUUGUUCUCCCAAUUUGGAGAUACCAUAGUGUGGAAAAAGUUCCAGAAUCUCAACCUCUGACAUGCAUUUAUUUAUGUUGGGAAUUUAGAUUCAGAAAUCCUAAAUGGGAAAAAAAUUGAGGCCAUAAAAAUCUAGUUAUUCUUUAUUUGUCAGCAAUUCAAUUGUAAUUUCUCAUCCCCUUUCUCUAUAACUAUGUCCUAAAAGCCAUGAAAAAGAGUAGACAGCAAGCAUUUUGUUUUGGCCUGUAUGAUGGUGGUUGAAUUUUUUUUUUUACAUAAGUCUUAAUGUGACAAAAUGAAGCACAUACUGUAUGUUGCUUAUGAUGCUCCUUUGUUUUGUAUAGAACAUGUCCAUUCGAAUGAAAGGUGUAAAAUUCAAACUCUGUUACUGUGUCAGGAUGGGGCAUAUUACCUUUGCCAUCAUUUUGUUUCCCCCAUUUUUAUUGGUCUUGAAAGUUUUAUGCUCUGAGUUUCACUAAGUUUAUUAUUUUUAUUAAUUAUUUGCAGAAUGUAUCAGAAAGUAGGUCGGGCUGCUGUCAGUUGGAAUCGCUCCAAGUAUUUGGUAAGAAAACAUAAGUGAUUCUUCAUCAGUGCAGACAGAGCAUUUGAAUACAAUAUCAUGAGAUUAAGUAAUUUUUACAUUUGGUUAGACAUUAAAAGAACUACAUUUUCUUACUUAGCCAUUCACCACAGCGAAAUCUUCUGUGUAACAGGAGUAUGUCAUUGCUAGACAUUAGCAAUAAUGGGCCAAGUAUAAAAAAAGGGUUUACAAAGCCUAUUGAGCCUGCAUUGGUAAAUACCCGUUGAAAACGGUGUGUUUCUUGGCAUUUACUGCGUUUAAGCUCAUUAACUGUGUAUGACUGCUUAAAAGACGCAAACCAUUAGAGGUUCAAAUAAAACUUUUGUUACCAGAGCUAUCACUUAUUUGUGUAGCAGUCAUAUUGGAUUUUAAAAUUAGUGGAAGGCUUGUGACAGACCCAUGAGCUUAUAGCUGGCAAAAUGUGGUUUUAGAGUGCUUUUACCUCACCAAAGUGUAUUUGUGUGUUUUAUUUUUGUUUUUUUUGCAACUUGAACUAUUAAUACUUACGGUAAGUUUGUUUUCCUUUGUGGAAGUGAACUAACAUUAGUGUAGAAGCCUCUUCUUUCAGCUGGCUCAACAGCAAUUCACAGCAACGGGUGGGGGAGGGUCAGUGCUGGAUUACUGUAUGCUCCAUAUAGUGGAGGAAAAUUUCUGUCACUCUUGCACUUUCUGUGGCAUUUCAUGGACAGGACAUUAAACAGCAGAAAUGCCAUGAUAAAAAAUUUAUUUUUUCAUAUGUGGGCCACCUUUUUACUGGACCAAGCCUAUUUACACUGCAAACGUCCAGUUAAGAGGUUAACAGCUUACCUAGUUCUCUAACUACCUAGCAACAUAUCGCCUACUUUCUGUCUUGUGGUAAACUUUCUUUUUGCUCAGAUGUUGGGUUUUUCUGAGGUGCCAAAAAUAUAACAAGAACACCCACUGAAGUUGAAAUUCCAACUGGUAAAAUCAGAGCUUGCUGAACAGCCCCAGGUUUACAUUCCAUCAUGGCUGCAUGCAUAUAAAUACAAUGAAGGUUUUACAGUUUUAAUGGAUUAAAUGAAGAGAAAAAAGGUAUUCAUCAGUUUGUAUUGCUUAUAGUAGCACUGCAAUAAUUGGCACAUCCCUUGUUUUCUGACUUGCAACUAGAACGCUCCUAACUCGAGAGGCAAGACCAACGCAGCAUUAGCUUGGUAGCUAGAAAAUUAGCUUUGGCUGUGUUAGCAUAAAUUCACCUUGCUUUAUUGCAGGUUACCAUAUAGUGAUCCAUUUUCUGAUUUAAAUAAAACUACAGAUUACACAGUCAAAUGACAGAGAUGUUCAGAUUACUUUAUUAAUAGCAUACAUUUUGUGAGAGUAAGAAAGGAAAAUAUACAAAAGUCAAGUGGUUAAAAUCAUAAUUGCAUAAACAGUGUAAAAGGAAGAACCAUGUACUUUUGAAAGCAUAUUAUAAAAACUUAAAUAAGAAAACAUGAAAGAGUAAUAUAUUGGUAGACUAGUCAAUAUUUAAAAGACCCAUCACAUUCCAUCCUUAUAUUUACAUACAGUAUUAGAGGUUAAAUAGGCAUAAACACACAUUGUUGGUGUGAUGUAUUACUACUUCUUAGCAAUGCUAAUAUAAGAUAGGUCACAGGGUAAUUUUGGAGAGAUUCAGCUUCAAUGUUUUUAGAAUAGCCAAAAGCAUGAGUUUUAAUGAAGUUAAACUAUUCCUACAACACAUAAACAGGUCAUAUUAUGUCAAUGUUCGGUAUGUUUAGCAAGUUUACUUCUGUCAGUGGAUAGCACACGGGUUAGUUUAUUGUUUACUUCAGAUCUUAUUAGCAUCACUCCACAUAGCAGUAUCUUGAUCUGGGUAGAGUGUACUCACUGAUUGUCAAAAGAAAAUAAUUUCCUUUUUAGACCAACUGGACAGCACUUGUUUAGGUUUCUUCUCUUUUGUAUUUGUUUUCUGGGUGGAAGGAUAAAGCCAAACCAAGAGAAGCACAACUGUCAGCCCUUCAGUGAACCAUGCACCAGAAGAGACCUGAUUCUGUCCUUUUUUGCAGUAUCAAGGAAGGGAAACUUCUCUUUAUUUCCACAUGGACCAGCAAAAUGCUGCUCUGAAUAUUUUUAGGAUGUUCUUGAAUAGUAUAAAAAUAGACACUUCUUUGGUGACUGUGGCAUUUUCAAGUGUACAUUUUGUUUACAACUACUUAGCCUCUCCAUAUAUUUUGUUAUAUGCUUUUUGUGUUACUUUCUAAUGGCAAUGUAAAAUGGUCUACAGGUGAUAUUUAACGGAGGUCUCAAGUUGAUCUCAAGAGUGGGAAUCCUUUUGACUGUUCCGCUGUUCCUGAUUUAUUUUUUCUAAAACCUAUAAACCAUUGUUUUUUUAUGUACCAAUAUCAGUACCAAGAUCCUCCUUGUGGUUGCUUCAUUUUUCUAUUAAACAUUCCAUUUGAAUAGCUCACAAACACAACAGUGUUAUCGAAUGUAGUGUGGUAGUACCACCCAAUAAAGAACACGCUGGGGACUGCUGCA